UCCUUCCAUGGAUAUAUCCAGUAUGCCACGAAGCUAUGACAGGUUGAUGGGGUGCAUUGAAAACGUCCGAUUCAGCUGGACCUCGAGCUCCAAUCCUGCUCCUGCCAUGCCUAUCCAAGGUACUACUAGUCCUCCUGGCACCACUGUUGGUGCUGCUGCCACCACUGUUGGUGCCGCUGCCACCAACCCCUCUGCUUCCAACACUGCCACCGCCAACGCCACCUCGCCCAACACACCACCACCAAGCUCAGGCGAUGCUACCAGUGAGAAUCCAACAGCCUCAGGGACUAAUGAGACAAGUGGGUCACUACCAACAGAAGCUGCUGCUACGGGAACAGAAAUAAGUGGAUCCACCGCUGGAAGUGGCGUUGAAGCAACUCCAACGGAAGCAGGAAACGAGGUGCCCAUAGGUUACAGAGUGCGAGUGGAGGAUGGGUGCAUCAAUGGCUGUGAUACAGCUAAUCCCUGUGAACAUGGUGAAUGUAUCAAUCACUACUCAACAAUGUCUUGUAACUGCUUUAUGAGUGGCUACGAAGGAGAGAGGUGUGACCAUGAAGGUUCCACUCCUGUAACUCUUGGAGGUUAUCAGUAUCUUACCUAUACACUUUUCCUCGGUGACCAAGAUACGUACAGUGCCGAAGAUCUCAUCAGUAUGAAAUUCAAGAUAAACCCAAGCCACCAAUCCGCAGUCUUGUACUAUGCAGUUGGAGCUCUACCAUCCCAGACCUAUCUAGCUGUAUUCAUUCAAGAUGGCCAGCUCUCAGUCAAUAUCAAAUACAGCUCCGAGGACAUCAUGGAAUUCUUAGAGCUGGGCGUGGUCAAUGAUAAUGUUUGGCAUUCUGUGUCGGUCACCCAGCAUGGGACGACGGUUAGUGUGAUCUUUGACAAUGCUACCAUGAGCCACACCAUCACAGGAAGUAACACAGUAUUCACCUUUGACCCUCUCAGUUACAUCGGAGGCGGAGAAGGUCUAAAUGGGUAUCCAGGUCUGCCUGUAAGCACUAAGUUUGUUGGCUGCUUAAAGGAGGUCUACAUCAACCAUUUUGACGUCACUAGCGCCCUCCAUGGUCAGUCCUCAACCAGGGUGUUCUUCAUGGGCGGAGCUCCGUCUUUUGAGUGCCGUGACAUUGACAUCAUUCCAGUGACCUUCCCAACGCCAGAAUCUUACAUUCAUCUAGAGGGAUGGCAUAAUGCCGACUUGAGCUUAAGGUUUUCAUUUAGAACAGCGAAUGGCUCUGCUUUGAUGAUGACGGCUCAUACUUUUAUGAAUACUACACACCGAGGACGAUUGACGUUGGAUCUGGAGGAUGGUGUUUUGAUGCUGAAGUUAGCGACCGAUCCUCACGUCCCUCUCAGUCUAGACUACGUAACAUCCAUUGGGGCAAGGCUACAUGACGGCCUCUGGCAUGAUGUUAAUCUGACUGUCACAGCAGGCCAAGCAAUGUUAGAGCUUGAUGGAGAAUCUGCAUCAUUCACCUUCACCGAGGUUUUAUCACCACGAGGGACCGUCUUCCUAGGAGGUUGGAACGGCAAGGGUUUUGAGGGAUGCAUGCAGAACAUCUACAUGCAAGAGAAGAUGCUGGUUCCUACCGAGGUUGAUGGCACUCUCAUCAUGAGGGGUGUUACCCUCGACGGAUGCCCCCUCGCUGGUAACCCCUGUGUGGCCGGUGAGGUGGUAUGCGCCAAUGGAGGAACCUGCGUGGAGCAGGAUGGUAGACCGGUGUGCCUCUGCACAGACCCCAAAUUCACCGGUGUCCGCUGCCAAUUUUAUACAUACAAGAGUUCCUGUGCAGAGUAUUUCUAUUCCGGCGAUACUACAUCUGGAGCUAAACUCAUAGAUAUUGAUGGUGCUGGACCUUUCGAACCAUUCUACAUUGAGUGUGAUUUUAGUCGAGGAACCACAGCUUUUGAGAUCCCUCACAAUCUUCAGCCGGAGACGCUGGUCCGUCACGCUGAUCUACCUCACCUGGAGUUCGAUCUUGAGUAUAUGUUCAUGACCAAUGCCAUGCUCCAUUUACUCAUCGGAAGGUCCAAAGGCUGCUCCCAACAUUUCGACUACCACUGCUUUGAAGCACCUCUCAGGCUGGGCAGAGACACCACGCUUACAACGGUAGCAGGCAAAGAAGUCCCUCGCCAUGCCAUGCCAUUUCUUGGUAACUGUGACAAGGGUCGCAGAAAGUGGAUGCGUGAUGAGGGUAACAUCACUAGCAUGUUCUACUUGCCCAUCACCAAACUCAGCUUGAGACCUUUUUCCGAUCCUGAUGCUGACUUUACUAAGGGAACACUGACUCUGGGCCCACUUCGAUGUGAACACUCAUUGGGUUACACCGUACCAUACACAGUCUCAUUGUUGAACCAAGAACAGCAUCUGGCCAUGGAUGGUUGGCGCACUGGAAUGUUCUCCUUCAGUUUCCGAACACAUGAUCUCAACUCUGUACUCUUCCAUCAGAGGGCAACCUGGAGAACACACAACUUCCUUAUGGCUUCUAUUACUGGAACUAACACAUUGAAGUUCGAACUGCAUAUGAAUGACGACAUCCAGAUGCACACCAUUUCUACAGAAAGGAUGCUGACCGAUGGACAGUGGCACACGCUGACCCUUCAGAAAACUACACACGAGAUCCAUGUUACCAUUGAUUUUGAUCGUUACUCUUUGACCCUCCCUGUCGGUCAGGAAAUGGGUAUAUUCGGUGGUCAGAUGCAUAUUGGUGGAAGCGGAGUACUCCCGUCAGGUUUUCUUGGUAUGAGUGGAUGUAUCUCAGGUGUUCUCAUCAAUGGAAAAUAUCAAUUCAUUUAUGACUUCUACAAUGAGUUUACAAACCCAAACAUGAAGCCUGGUUGCAGCAGUGCUUGUGAUAAACAACCCUGUCAGAAUGGAGGAGAGUGCAUGGACGAAUGGGGUUCAUUCACAUGUAAAUGUACCCAUCCAUCAUUGCUUGGCCAGACUUGUGCUGUUGAUAAGAGACAGGACACACUCACCUUCAAGAUGGACUCAGCUUUUGUGAACUUUGACCCCAAGAACAAUGAAGUCCUGACUUCCAACUUCCACCUUGGUUUCCGAACCUUCCAAACGGAUGCCCUCCUCUUCUAUGCCUAUGACCAGGUUGGGAAUUUUGUCCAGCUUGACAUCGAGGCCGGAGACUCACUGGUAAUGAAGUUCAACAAGGGAAAAGAAGUGGUGCAGCUGGUGUCAAGGAUGAAUGCCUCUGCUCUUAAUGAUGGCUCAUGGAUCGAUGUUUCUGUUUUACGAGAUGAAAAAUCAGUCAAAGUUGUGCUAGAUGAACAAUUCUCUUCAACUUUUGAUGGUAAUGCCACUCUACUGACUGAGAAUGAUGGCACACCUUUCACAGGUGUACAGGCCACCGUCAGACCACUUCUUCCAUUCAGUGGGCCUUCAGAAUCCUUUGUAAAGAUCUAUGUUGGUGGAGUCCCAGAGGGUACCACGGCAGUGCCAACCCUACAGGGGUGCAUCAGGGGACUUGUCAUCAAUGGUGAAGGGUUCAAUCUGCAGGAGAAGGCACAAAAUGAGGAAGGUAUUUCUACGACAUGCACUGAUAACUGUCUUCCAAGUAAUCCCUGCAUGAAUGGAGGGACUUGUAUGGAGAAAUUUGAAACAUUUGAAUGCAAUUGUACUACUACCUCAUACACUGGAAGGACCUGCACUGAAGAUGUUGGUGCAACCUUCAAAAAUACCACCGUACUCCUCUACCCCCUUAUCUCCAGUCCUGAUGAACCAGCAGACGUCUUAGAGGUGGAUGAUCUGCACUUUGGAUUCAGUACAACUUCUCCUGACGGAACCAUCUUCUACGCCAGGAAUAACUUUGCUGAAAGUGCCCAACAGAACUACAUUAGUGUCAGCUUACAAGGAGGGCAUCUCAAAUUUGUAUUUAACUUUGGAACAGAAUUAGUUGAAAUUGAGAAAACUGGACCCUACAAUGAUGGCUACCGACAUGGAGUUGUUGUCAAGAGAUUUGGAAGGAGGAUUUUGGUUGAUGUUGACAACCAAGGUGAAGAUUACACAACUCACCUGUCACAAGCUCGUCAUUUUGAUGGCAGAGCAGCUAUUGUGGUAGGUGGAGUAGAAAACAACAUGGGUAUGUUUACCUCUGGUGGCUACGAGGGAUGCAUCACAAGCUUAUACUAUAACAAUAAAACACCCUUGGAUCUUGACAUCAAUGGUUUGGGUAUGAAGCGAGCGGAGUGUGCAGCAUUUAAAUCUGUAUCAACCACAAGCACAAUGACCACUGAGAUGCCUUCAAACCCACUGCUUAAUAAGCCAAUGACCAUGCCUCCAUGGAAUGUUGCUAGGGCUAAAGGUCAGGAGGUUGAAUCAGAUGGACCUGAAGAUACAAGCCGUGAUGUCCUUCUCAUGGGUAUUAUCAUAGCUGUAUUUGUUGUUGCCUUCCUCAUCCUGAUUGUUUGUAUCAUCGUCACGGUGAUCAGUAUAAAAAAUAGCAAUAACCAGCAAGCAGCAGCAGCGGCAGCUGAAAAAGACGGAGAACCCAAGGAGAUGGAUGGUUUAUUGGAAGAAGGGAGGGGUGGAAGUUCAGGUCGGAGCGGUAAAGGAGGUAACCCCCCUCCGGGGAAGAGACCCCUCUCAGCUGAGGUAUAUUGAUGAAUAAGUAUCAAAGAACUAGAAUGGGAUCCGCAGAUUGAGAAAAACAUACGCCAGCCAGAACUAGAGUGGGACAACACCUCAUACAGUAGCCCCGACACGCCCCUAGAAGAUACGCCCCUAGCCGGCACCCCUGAUGAGCUCUUCGAGACCCCAUUGGAGUCACCUAGCACCCCUGCUACCCCCCAAUCCCAACCCAAUAACCCUUCACCUACCUUACUCCAACUAGCUGCCAACCACAGCCCUCAUCUCUAUAAUACCAGCUUUCUCGACUACUCCACUAACAACACAGACCUUGCCAAUUUGAGCCACAUAAGGGACACCCCCGUUUGAAAUUAUACUCUCAUAUGAUAUUUUCUACAAGUCACAGUAUCAGUUAUUACUUCAAACAUUCUCAUUAUUGUUGAUAUUUCAGGACAGAACCUUACUCAUUUCUUUAUUUUGUGUAAUGUGCAAAGGGUAAAAUGAAGUAUGACCAUCACAUUUGAAGAAGGAAAAAUUAUUGAGAUAAUGUUGUUACAUCUGUCAACUGUUGAUUGGUGAUUAUCAUGCCAUAUAACAAAUAUUUUUGUUUUAUGGAUUGGUGAUCUUAUGUUCUAUAUAAUAUUUGAAAUUCAACCUCAGUUGGAACCUAUGAGAUAUAUGUAUGUUAAUGGCUUUCAUGAAAUUCGAUGGUAAAUUUUCACCUGUUAUAAAGUUUGAGAAAGUUUGGAAAAGAGGAGUAAACAAAACAUUAGCAGCUCCAUGAACCCAAUCAGAUAAAUAUAAACACAGGAGUCAAUCUAUGAUUAAAAGCAUUUAAAAUAAUUAUCAUCGGGUCAUUAUUCAUUAAUUUAAUGCAGGGAAUAAGAGGUUAACAUUACUCUUUGAAUUUUCCCAUUUUCCCAUCAGCCAAUGAACGGAGAAAUGCAGAAGUAAUUUCUGAAGCACAAGAUUAACAAUUCCAGGCUUAUUCAUGGUGUAGCAUGAAACACAUCAGUGAUAUAUGAAGAUCUGUAUAUUUCAUUCUAUUAAAUAAUAAGUAAAUAAUAGGAUGCUUGAAAUAUUCUAAUUAUGUAUCUCCUGUUAAAGCCAUAGUUCACGGUUCAUAUUCCUUAAUCUGUGUAUUUAACACCCAAGAUUCCCGACCCUUGUUGAUAAAACCUGAUAUCAUUAUCAGAUGUAGAAUUUCUAUGACAAAUUUGCCGCUGACCAAUUAAAUUGCGUCAUUUAAGCUAUACGAACAAUGGUAACAUGUUUUGUGGAACGGAGGUCUAAAACUAAUCACAAAUCAAUGAAUCUUUUACUGCCAUUGAGGAACAGGCAUUAUAUCCUCCCCCCCCCCCCAGGUUGUCGCCCUGAAAAAACUCACAAUAUUAUUGUAAUUUUGUUUGCAGGAUAAUACAUGAUUAAGUCACAGUAAGACCUGUUUUAUAAAUCUUGAACUUGAUUUUUUUUAAGUGUUUGUGACGCAUCUGCUUAUUAUGACAUCCUGUAACCUAUUGAUGUUGAUACCGCUGGUGUAACUUUCAUACACUCACAAAUUAUUUGUUUGAAAAGGAUUUAAGAAACUGCAUUUUGUCUGUUAAAACCCAGUGGGCCUAUUUACUGUGAUAAGCUUAUAUCUGACUGGCUUCAAAUACACACUAUAAUAUAUACCAAGAUGCCUUACGAAUCACUUAUUGAACAGUUGGUAUUCAUAAUUUGCCAAAUUGAAUAUCAGAUGUCUUGUAUGAAUGUUUUUAUUGUAGUUGUACCUAGACUAAAUUGGAAAUGUUUCAGAAGAAUAUGUGAUUUAUUAAUUUUUUCUGUGUGUUUGUAAAUGAUAUAUAUCUAUGUCACUGUAUAGCAACUGUAUUCUGAUUGACUGAUGCAAAGUAGAGGUUUUUACAGAGAACUUGCAUUUUAUAGGUAUUUUGAUUAAAAUGUUGGAGAAAAAUUGAAAAUAACGCGAGAAAAUCUCUUUUUGAAUAGAAUUAAGUGAAGAUAAUUUCUGAUGAAAAAGGAAAUAUUGGGUCAUGUUAUUUGAUAUUAUCUUUAUAUUUACUUUUAGAUAAAAAUUAUGGGCCUCUAUACAAAUGGAGGAGAAAUUUUUCAUGGGCGGAAAAACAAAUUUAAUCAUCAAAUCUUUAAAAAAAUGUUAUUUUGCUUAUCAUGAAUUGCUCAGCUCCACAAUACUGCCACACAACUCAGGACAUACAAAUAUUGUAUUUUCUGAAGCUUUUAUGAUAUCAGGAUUUUUAUUGUCACAUAAUAGCUUUUAAACAUUUAAUAUCAUUUCUUUUAAUUGUGAUAACAUAGUCAGUAUUUUUUUGUCUGAACAUUACAUUAAUCAAUAUGUAUUUGUCAUUUUUACUAAGAAUUUGAAGAAAUUAUGUGACAGUAAUUUAUAUGGAUUGUUAACAUAUGGAGCAUUUUGCAAAGUUUAAUUUUUCUAUUCAUAUCAAGUGAAUAGCUAAAUUAUUCUUAUAGCACUUGGUAAAAUGUAAAAUAUAUGUUUCAUGAUUGUGAAUCGAUUUUGCUAAUUAUUAGUUAUGUAGUAAACCUGUGAUUAGUUAUUUGAAUGUUUGGGAACACUACAAUAUAUGCAAUUAAUUUGAUAUAUAUAAAAUGUUUUUAUCACAUUAGAUUAACAUAUUAUGGCAAUUAGAUCUGAUUUAGAGUCAUAUAUUUUUUACUCUGCAUAUUGUGUGAUUUUUUCAUUAUUUUGAUACUUGUGCUAUACGUCUUUACUUUUUAUUACAGAAUGUUAAUUUGUAUUGACAGUAAUAUUGCACUAUUUUAAGUUUAACAUUGUUUUCUGUUUUGUAUAUAUUUGCAUUUUGUAGAUGUUUUUAUGAAUAUUGUGAUGACAGUCCUUAUCUUGCCAUAUAUGUCGAUAUGGGGAGAAGUAUGGAACUCAUUCAAUUAGUGAUUCUACAUUUAUAGUCUGUUAUAAUGAUUAAGUUAGAAUUCCUGUAUAAUUAUAUUUACAAUAAAAUGAAAAACAAUAUGCAGUGUGAAAACAUACACAAGCUGUUCAGCUUUAAUUUUGUUUCAAUAAUGAACUUGGGGUUUUCUUCUGUUUAAAGUAAACAUUUGAUCACAUUUUAACUCCUUGCCACUGUUUCUUGUAAUGAAUCCUGUUCACAUUAACAUUAUCUAAAUUGUAAAAUGAAAGCUUCCAAAUUAUCAACAGUAUUGUAACAGUAUUCAUAUUAUUCUACCCCCCACCCCAAUGAACAAAAGCAUAUUUUCCUAUGUCUUGGGCAGUAUUACACAAAUAUCUAGUCCGAAUGCUUCCAUAUUUUGCAAUCACUAUAUUCAAUAUUUCUGAUUAAUUUCUCAUACUGCGACUUCAUGUACCAAUGAUGAAAAUUGUUUUCAAAUGCUGUAGUAACGCUUUAAACUGGUGCUUUAUCAAUCAGUUGCUAUAAUAUCAAAUAUUUGUGUGUAGGUAAGUAAACAUAUGUUCUGAAUCAGAUGGAAGAUUAUAAGGUUUGUACAAUACCUUCUUAAUAUAGUAAUUUGAGAAUCAUGGUCAUUUAUAAUGAUGUAUUUCUUGAAGUGAUUAAGAAUAAAAGGUGCAACAAAUAGAGUAGUGCAAUGACUUAUUCAUUAUAUUAGUUAUAUUUAUUGAUUUGUGUCAGUUAGAAAAUAACAUUCCUUUAUUUGAACUUUUCAUGUUAUAGGAUAUGUAUAGUAGAAAUGUGAGACUUGUGUUGAUUUUGUGAUCGUUUUUUUCUGUUGGUUGACAGUCGAUUUUCUUUUCUGAAAUAUUUUAGGCAAUCUACAUAUUUUUCCUUUUUUGUUUCAAUACACUACUUUGACUGGAUAUUUUUGUUCAAGGAACAGUAUCGGAGUUAUUUUGUUUUCUGUUCAAUGAAAAUUACUUUUAGAAUGAUUAAGAGGUUGUUCAAAUCACAAUGGCGGUUGUCCAUUUUAUUGAUAUGAAUUGUUGAAUUCACUUUUUUUUAUUCAGCCAAUUUUUAAUGAUUGGUUUUUAUUGAUCUUAUGUUUUUCCAGUUUAUUCAUUCAGUUAUUUUAUUGGUGAUCUACAUGUACGUUUAUUCAUUUAUUUAUUCAUAUUGGUUAUUUAAUUUCUUAUUAAUACAUCUGUUUAUUACAUGUGCAGUAUUUAUUCAUUAUUAUUAUCAAAUUUUUUUUUGGCCAACAUAUACACUUUUUGCAGAUGAAAGAGAUUGGUGUUAAAUGACCAGAAUAGCAAUUUAAUAAAGCUCAAUCUGCCAGCAAGGAUGUUGCUUAAUAAAAUGCCUGACUAUUCGUACAGAAUGAUAAAAUCAUACAAAACAAUGAAUUUUUUAUUAAGCAAUUGAUAGAAAAAAAAACAAUCACAAUCUUUUUCAGAGAAAAAAAACCUAACCGGUCUUCAAUCAAGAGGGCGCAUUAUGUUGGUAGAUGAUAUCUGCAUGCUGUAUAAGAUGGUUUCUUUUACAAAGACGUGUGUUAAUGUGUGUUUCCACUGUAAUUGUUUGAGUAAAUUGUCUUUCACCUGAAUUUUACAGUUUACUACUAUACUGUUGAAACAACGAAAUAAAUAUGUAGAAUUUCCCAGCAAUGGGAAAUACUGAAAUCUGAAA